UUUUCCAACACAAAAUAAUUGCAAGUAGGUAGCAUAGUGGGGAGAAGAAAGUAAUCGGCUAAGGACAAAAGGUGUCUUCUAGCUUCAAGAAUCAAGACGAUAAUAGAUCUGAAGUGCCAGACGCACAAAAUCAACUAAAGAUGAAGGCAGUAGUGAUCACCACACCCGGCGGUCCAGAGGUGCUGCAAUUGCAAGAAGUAGAAGACCCACAAGUAAAAGACAAUGAAGUGUUGAUCAAGGUCGAGGCCACCGCCCUUAACCAGGCGGAUACUAUCCAAAGGCAGGGCAAGUACCCAACUCCCAGCGGUGCCAGUCCCUUCCCUGGUCUUGAAUGUUCCGGUACCGUCGUGGCCACAGGGAAACUUGUUUCUCGCUGGAAAGUGGGGGAUCAAGUUUGUGCUCUUCUCAGUGGAGGAGGCUACGCCGAGAAAGUGGCAGUUCCUGCCGGACACGUUCUUCCUAUCCCUUCCGGCAUUUCAGUCAAGGAAGCUGCUGCUUUUCCGGAGGUGGCGUGUACUGUUUGGUCGACCGUUUUUAUGACCAGUCGGCUUUCUGCCGGAGAAACUUUUCUGGUUCAUGGCGGCUCUAGUGGAAUCGGGACAUUUGCAAUUCAGAUAGCUAAAGCCCGAGGGAUUAAGGUGUUCGUCACUGCAGGGAGCGAGGAGAAAUUAGCAGCAUGUAAAGAACUGGGAGCCGAUGUCUGCAUCAACUACAAAACAGAGGAUUUCGUAGUAAGAGUUAAGGAAGAAACCAGCGGAAAAGGUGUUGAUGUUAUUCUGGAUUGUAUGGGAGCAGCCUACUUUCAGCGAAACCUUGAUAGCUUAAAUUUUGAUGGGAGACUUCAUAUCAUAGGCUUGAUGGGUGGAGCUGCGACAGAGUUUAAUCUGGGUUCUUUGUUUGCAAAGCGCCUCACUGUACAAGCGUCUGGUUUGCGAAUGAGAAGUCCAGAAAACAAAGCUGAGAUUGUGAAUGAGGUGGAGAAGAAUGUUUGGCCGGAAGUUGUUGCAGGGAAGGUGAAGCCGGUGGUCUAUAAGGAAUUUCCGCUGUCUGAGGCGGCAGAGGCUCACCGGCUUAUUGAAAGUAGCCAACAUGUUGGAAAGAUCCUUCUGGUCCCAUGAUGAUGUAGCAAGCCAUUGAUCAGCUAUUGCUGUCUGCUAUAAGAAGAGAACUACAACUGAAUCUGUACUUGCAAGUUAAUUCAAUAAGAAAAUGAAAGACUUUCCUUUA